AGUGGUGUGAAAGAGGAGGGACCUGAGACUUCAGUUUGCGUUUCACUGUGCGAACUGAAGGGCGCUCACGCUCGGCUCUCCUGGACUGACCGCUGAGCCACGGAACUAGUUUGCGCUGACAUCGCCUUCACACGUUAAACUCCCGCAACUGUGCCCACCGCCGACAGCGGACGUUCGGUAAACCCUGUGAAGCCUAGAAGUUGUCCGUUUCUUCCUAAAGCGCCACUCUUCCAUGCGAGGAUGUGAAUUUCCACGGGAGGAUCCAGAGUCGUGCCAUGGUGUUGACCCGCGCGCUCCUCACAGACAUGGGCCGCUCCGCAUCUACGGGUACAUGAAUCUGAGUUCCACCGGCCAGAUGCCUGAGAUGGAAGAAGUAGAUACCAAUGAGAGCAACUGGUUGGCGAAGAGGAUUGCUCUCAUCAGCUUCCUGUCACUGGUCAUGCUCAUGAGCGUCCUGGGCAACCUGCUGGUUAUGGUGGCCGUCUGCAAAGACCGGCAGCUCAGGAAAAUCAAAACCAACUACUUCAUCGUCUCGCUGGCGUUUGCUGACCUGCUGGUGUCAGUGCUGGUGAUGCCGUUCGGUGCCAUAGAACUGAUCCAUCAGAACUGGAUCUACGGAGAGACCUUCUGCCUGGUCCGCACCUCUCUGGACGUGCUGCUGACCACCGCCUCCAUCCUACACCUGUGCUGCAUCUCUCUCGACAGGUACUAUGCCAUCUGUUGCCAGCCGCUGGUCUACAGGAAUAAGAUGACACCACUAAGAGUGGCUCUAAUGAUCGGAGGAUGCUGGAUAAUCCCGACCGUUAUUUCCUUCCUACCCAUAAUGCAAGGUUGGAACAGUAUUGGAAUAAAUGAUUUGAUAGAGAAGCGGAAGUUCUCUGGAAACUCCACGGUGUGUGUGUUUAUGGUGAACAAGCCGUAUGCACUGACCUGCUCAGUCGUGGCCUUCUACUUACCGCUGGUCCUGAUGGUGCUGGCGUACCAGCGCAUCUAUGUCACGGCGCGAGCACAUGCUCGACAGAUCAACAUGCUGCAGCGUGCCGGAGGAGCAGGGAACGCGAACAGCGCGGACCACCAACGAAACCACCGCAUGCGCACCGAGACCAAGGCGGCCAAGACUCUGUGCAUCAUCAUGGGCUGCUUCUGCCUGUGCUGGGCCCCUUUCUUCAUCACGAACGUGGUGGACCCCUUCAUAGACUACAGUGUUCCUGAGCAGCUGUGGGUGGCCUGCCUCUGGCUGGGCUACAUCAACUCCAUGCUCAACCCCAUCCUUUACGCCUUCCUCAACAAGUCCUUUCGCCGUGCCUUCCUCAUCAUCCUCUGCUGCGGACAAAAGCGCUAUCGCCGACCUUCCAUCCUGGGCCCUGGAGCGACCUGCACAGCCACGCAGAUCAACGGCUCGACACACGUCCUGAAAAAACCUCAAUCGUUUAGGAGUCAUUCUUGUCUACUUCUGCUCCGGCGGUGAAACAAUGGCAGACUGAUGACAGUCACUCAGGGCGGAGCUAAGAUAUUCAGUUCUUCACAAUGGAAAGCAUACUGAACAGGAGAAACUGUCAAUACAGAACGACACAGAGUCCCAGGAGUCAUGUUUCUGACACAGGCCAGCCUCUAAUGAGGAACAUGACUGGAAGGUGCCAUUUCUCACCGCCCUGCCUGCAGCUCAGACCCGACCAGAGCCUUCAAGAGUCGAGGACAGGGAGCUGGACUGAACUAUAUGCUCAAAGAGCUGCUGAACAAUGAGGGAAAGAACAAUGUUGCCAAAGGUAUCUGGUCUGUGUUCUAGGAUACAAAUUUCCAUUGCAAAGGAAUGUUGGUAAGGGUUUUCCCAAUGUGUUUGUUUCCUUUUGGUUCUCCUGGGAAUACUAUUUCCAAACCAAAAACACGUCAUUCAAGCUUUAUCCAGAGAGGCUUUUAUUAGCUCUAGAGUCAGAAUAACACUUCCUGAAAGCUACGGCACAAGUGCUGAACAGAUAAGAUGACACUUAAAAGAAAGAUUUAUUUUUAUUCUAUAAAGGAAAAAAUAAAUUCAAACCACAGUAUUAAGAGUUGGGAGCAUUGCUGAGCGAUUUCUCCAAUUUCUAUUUUUUAAUUGUUCCAUUAAUGAAUUUGAAUAAUGAAUCUAAUAUAGGAUUGUCACAUAAAUGUAAAUGUUAAAAACAACAGGCCUAUUUCAAAAAUUUUUGGAAUCCUGAUUCCGCCACUGAAUUAAAAAAGUGAAUUAUCUCACAAUUCUGACUUUUUUUUUCAAGAUGUAAACUUGCAAUUGUUAAAGAAAAUAAGAAUUAUGUGAUAUCUGAUUUCUCAGAAUUGCAAGAUAUAAACUUUUUUUCUUGUAAUUGCAACUCUGUAUCUCGCAUUUCAUUGGCAAGUAUUUUCCCCCCUCAGAGCUGGACUUUAUAAUUGCGAAUUUAUAUCUCAAAAUUCUGAGAAAAGAAGUCAAAACUGCUAGAUAAAAACUUGCAUAUUCAUCUACUUGCAGUUUAUGUCACGCAAUUCUGAGAAAAACAUAUAUAUUUUUUUUUAUUAGUGUCGGAAACAGGCUCCCAUAAAAAUUUGCCCCGAGAUUCUUCAAGAUGAUUUAAUAAAAACACUGCCUUUUAGACUUUAUACAAAGGAUUUUGACAGGAAAUUAACUUUAGUUUUCUUCUAGCCAUGAAAUCUGGCUAGAAGAAAACAUAAAAUCUCCAUUUUCUUACUGUGAACUGAAAUCUCAUUUAUGUAGUAUAAGAGAAGUUCUUUGGAGAAUGAAAUGCACUACUCGCAGACUGGCUGAUGUAAUUUGGCUUCUUGUAAACCUCUCUAAAUACACAGAUCCACAGGUGACCGUUCUCAAUCAGGUCAGCUCUGUGCUUCACAUGCAUCACCAAAUGCAUCCAUUUGCACGAUGGUUUCCUCCUCUGCCGUGAUUCACUGGCAUAAACAGCACAGUGUUUUUCUGAGAGCGCUACAGCUACAUGAUGCCUGCUGACUGAGAAUGUGUCAGGCCACUCCAAACAAAACCUCUGCUGACAGCAACCAGGGCCAUUUCUCCCAGAUACUGUCUUAAAGUGUUUUAGCCUUACUGCAGAUGACCAUUGCUUACUGCAAGACUGAAAUCUCUGAAAUUACCUUUAGUGGUCCUUUUAGGUUCUUAAAGGCAUAGUUCAUCCAGUAAUUAUAAAAUGUAUUAUUUAUUCACCCUCGUGUUAUUUCAAACCAUGUUAGCUUCUGGGAAACAAAAGGCCAUUUAUAUUUUUUUUUAAAAGGCAAAAACCAGUGGUAUCGAUGUGAAAUCCAUAAAAUUAAGAAUUAAUUGAGAAUUGAGCUGAGCUUCAUACAUUUCUACACUUUUGACAAUGAAGUUUUUUGCCUUAAAAAAAAUUGCCAAAAUUUUGUAAUGACAAUAGGAGGAAAUGUGUGUGUGUGUGUGUGUGUGUGUGUGUGUGUGCUGCCAACUUAUAUAAGCUAAUCUGUUAUUACUCAUGCAUAAAAAUGACAUGCUACAUAAUGCUGAGCUAACAACAAAUUUAACAUAAACAGUUGAAUGAGUCUUUUAUGACUAGUUCCACAAUGUUCUGAAAUGUUCCAGAAGGCACUAGAAUGUUACAGAAUGUUACCGAAACUUCUAGAAUGUUCCCUUCCUUGCAAAAGCAAAAUAUCUAAAAAAAAAAAAAAUAUAUAUAUAUAUAUAUAUAUAUAUAUAUAUAUGCAAAAUUUGUAAAAACGUAUCUGAACUAAACCAGUGUUCAGUAACAAUGAUAGAAGUUCUGCAAUUUACCUGACCAAAAUCUUGAUGCUACGUGAAAAUAAAUAGCACAGUAAUACUUAGCACUACAGAGUUAUGGAAGAACUUUUAAAUUACCAUUUACCAUUUUCCAUAAAAUAAAUCAAGUCCUUAUGUGGGUUUGAACAACAUGAGGGUGAGUAAAUAAUGACAGAAUUUUCAUUUCUGGGUGAAGUAUUCCUUGAAGAAUAUGUCAUGCGAAUGAUUCCUAGUUAUGAGGAGAUGAAAUACAGCUGCUGCAGGAGUUUGUCUUGAGAAAACAGAUUUAAUGUGCAAACCAUGCAGAUGCAUUUUUGACCUCUCAAUGCAAUGAUAUGCCAUAAUAAAGCUCGCUUCCAGAGCUGAGGACCCCAAUAAACACGCUCCUCUGAGAGCCUGGAUAUAGAAGAACUGUCCCAGAACAAUCUCCAUCCUUCAUUCCAUGCCAUUCCAACCUUUUAAGAGAUGUAAAUAGUUUUAAAUAACUAUGUUUUAUGUGUCAGCCAUCAGGAAAACAGGUUUGGUUUUAUUUGCUAUUUUACAGGGAUGUACAAACAUCGAACAUGUACAGCUCAGCACUGUUUCCUGAUUUUAAAAACGAAACCUCUCCUGCAAAUAAAGCACUUGUAGCACUUUUAUAACACGAAGAUUAUUGCAUCCACAAGUUGUUCAGUAUUCUGGUCACGGAUAUGUUAUCACAGACCAAACUAAUGUUGGAGGAAUAUGAAAGUUAAAUUAGUUGUGAUAAAUGUAAUCAUUUGGCUGUGGUGAUGUGAUGGAGGAACAAAUAAGACACUAAGAUUCGAUCAACCGAUGGCUUUAUUUGUUCCAAUACGAACAGAGCUAGCUACAUUACCUAGCUCAAGGAAUGCCCACUUUAGCUUUCCUUUCUCAUCUUCUCAUGUUUUUAUCAACCGAUAUUUAAUUUCUAAAGGUAGAGCUUAGAUUGAUUUUAUUGUACAUAGGAAUAUAUUUUUUAUGCAAAUGAUUUGAUAGUGGUCCGUGAGUUCCUUUAAAUGCUUUAGUCGAACUUGUUUCUUCUUCCAGUCUGGUGCAUGAGUGAACGCUGGCCAUGAAUCUAGCGUGUCAUUAGAAGCAAUGUCCAGAUAAGAUGUGUACGCCAGACUGCUUGUUUUUUUUACAAUCAAACAUGUACAUGCUUGUGCCUUCACAGCAUCUUACGGAUGUACAGAGCAUUGUGAAACUGUGCAAGUUCAUGCUGGUAGUGGUCGAAAAUGUUUCCUUUUAAGAGGUUGUAAUGUACAAUCUAAGGCAAACCAGACACCUGCAAGGCUCUGGCGAGUUACAAAAUCCAAUGUAUCGAUCUUCGGUUUUCAUUUGUACAAUUUUAAUUCUGUAGCACCUUUUAAUUCUGAGGUACUUUGCUGUUAUUUAUCAGUAAGCGGUUUUGUCGGUCCAACGACUUGCACAAUUUCCUAUCUGUGUUCUUUGGAUGUCAUUUUGUUUUUUAAAAAAUUGAGAUUUUGCAAUGGUUUUGACACUUAGAAAACAAGAAAUAUUUUCCGUUUUGAGCGCCAAAGGACGUGAAAGGAAAGAUUUGAGGGAAUGCUGGUACUUUAUAGCCAUGACAGAAGCAAAAACACUCCUACAUGAGCCCUGAGUUAUUGCUUGGAAAAGAUUUGCGUCAGAAAUAACUCUCCCCGAACCUUCAUGGACCUUCAGGGUAGUCAUCACCAUCAGGAUUUCCUGCGAAAUGAUUCCCGGCCCCGCAAACCUCACAUAUGAAGCGUGAUCGAACACCGCCAGGCCCUGAAGGCAGAAGUUCUGAGCAUGAAUGUGUUGUAAAUCUCCCAGCAAGUUGUAGAACUUUUGUAAACUCAGUAUUUAUUUUGGUGGAUUAAGAUUGAUAUUUUCAUGUAAGGCUUCUCUUUCAGGGAGCUAUGUGUAUUACUUUUUCUGUUGCUAUGUGACAGCUCUAAAAAAAUAAUAAUUAAAGACUACGAGAUGUUAUUAAUC